AUAAAUACAACCUGAGAGCCGCGCAUGAAGCAGGAAUGAACAACAGGAGAAACCCGCACGGCAACCACUCAUCCGGAGGCUCGUUCCAGCUUUUCGUCUUUUUCUACACUUAACACACGGUUUUGGGGUCAGGAAAAUGGCCACUUCAGCAAGUUCAAAACUGAACAAAGCUGUUAAGCAGCAAUACAUGGAUCUCCCUCAGGGGGAAAAGGUCCAAGCCAUGUACAUUUGGAUAGAUGGGUCUGGAGAGGGACUGCGCUGCAAGACCAGAACUUUGGAUUCUGAACCCAAGAAUAUUGAGGAUCUUCCUGAGUGGAACUUUGACGGCUCCAGCACAUACCAGUCAGAGGGCUCCAACAGCGACAUGUUCCUGAUCCCCGCAGCCAUGUUCAGGGACCCGUUCAGGAAAGACCCCAACAAGCUGGUGCUCUGUGAAGUGCUCAAGUACAACCGCAAGCCGGCAGAGACCAACCUGCGCCACAUCUGUAAACAGAUCAUGACCAUGGUGGAGAAUAACCACCCGUGGUUCGGUAUGGAGCAGGAGUACACUCUCCUGGGCACAGAUGGACAUCCCUUUGGCUGGCCCUCCAACGGCUUCCCAGGUCCACAAGGGCCCUAUUAUUGUGGAGUGGGAGCAGAUAAGGCAUAUGGACGAGACAUAGUGGAGGCGCACUACAGAGCCUGCCUGUAUGCUGGGGUUCAGAUCUGUGGAACCAAUGCUGAAGUCAUGCCAGCUCAGUGGGAGUUCCAGGUUGGGCCUUGUGAAGGUAUCAACAUGGGUGACCAUCUGUGGGUUGCUCGCUUCAUCCUUCACAGGGUCUGUGAGGAUUUCGGCGUGGUGGCGUCCUUUGACCCCAAGCCAAUAUCGGGGAACUGGAACGGAGCUGGCUGUCACACCAACUUCAGCACAAAAGAAAUGCGAGAGGACGGUGGGCUGAGAGUCAUUGAAGACUCGAUCGAAAGGCUGGCAAAGAGACAUAGGUAUCACAUCGGGACCUACGAUCCAAAAGGUGGGCUGGACAACGCCAGGCGCCUCACUGGUCAUCACGAAACCUCAAACAUCGACGAGUUCUCAGCUGGCGUGGCCAAUCGUGGCGCCAGCAUCCGCAUCCCUCGCUCAGUGGGGCAGGACAAGAAGGGCUACUUCGAGGACCGCCGUCCGUCUGCCAACUGUGACCCUUACAGCGUCACAGAGGCACUGGUGCGCACGUGUUUACUGAAAGAAGAGGGAGAGGAGCCCACAGAUUACAGCAAAUGAACAGUCUAAGACAAAGAGUCAAUACUAGUACUGUAUUUAGCCUUGUGUCUAUUUCAAGACUCUAAAGAUUGAUCUCUACCUUUUUGAAUUUUUACUUGACAGAUAAAAUAAUGACGUAUUCCUGCAUUCUUUGUGCAUUCAGUCGUAUGCAGAAAUUCUGUAUCUCUAACAUAAACACUGUCUUUCUGUCAGCAAUGUAUUCUGUCAUGGUAGCUGAUAAUUUGUAAAGAAGAACAUAAUUGUUCAACUUGUACCAAUGAAAACGGAUAAAGUGCAGCAGGAUUUUGCUGUAGAUCCUGUAACCAUGACACAUAGGAUCCCAAAGGUAUUUGAAUGUUUUUAGCAGUCUUUGUCUCUGUCACAGUAGUGGUUUUAUACUGUUGUAGAUAGUUAAGGUCAUUAAGUAAGCUAAUCUCCUUUUUGUAUGUUUUUUUUAAUAAUGCAUGUCUGUUUUGUCUGUUUUUUCACUUGUAAAUGUCAAUAGCUAAAUAUCUUUAAUAAACACCUAACAUUUUUUACAUCUGA